AUGGAUGACCAGCGGCACUGGGUUCAUCGCAUUUCAAUUGUGAAACUUGAGGUGACCUGUCACACGCAGAUGCGAAUAACUGCGGCAGAGCCUGGGAAGGUCAACUUCGAGCUUCCGAUUGAGAAACAUCACUUGAACCGCCUGGGAAUUCUCCAUGGGGCGACUCUGGCUACAAUGGUUGACACGAGUGGCUCGCUAGCGGUUGCGUCUCGUGGUCUAUACUCCACGGGCGUCUCUACAGACCUAAGUGUCACUUAUCUGAACGCAGGCGGAAAGCUUGGUGAUCUGGUCAAAGGAUUCGUCUGUGUUGACGCACCAACAGUUGGCAAGACUCUUGCAUAUACGACGGUGAAGUUUAUGAACAAGAACGACGAGAUAGUGGCUCGUGGUAGUCAUACCAAAUUUGUCGCGCUGGCAUGGAAGGACGAGAAGAACAUCACCGAUGAAUUAAAGCCCACUGUCAAUGAGUCGAAAGCCAGCGAGGCCACCCGUACCAGCUUUUGA